CAUCUCUAUACUCUAUCUCCAACUCCAGCCUCACCACUUCCUCUUCUUCUUCAAGAAAAAGCUCCCAACAUUGGAGAAAAUAACCAUACACUAUACACCUCGUAUUCAGAUCGAUAAUCUAUAAACACAGCAAAAUAUGACCACCUUCCCACCCCCAUCCCUCUACUCCCUCCUCCUCGAGAUCGCUCCCCUCCUCCAAUCCCGCAAAGAAACCAUCUCCGUCGCCGAAACCGCCGCUGGGGGUCUAAUCUCCGCAACACUCCUUUCUUACCCCGGCGCCUCGGGCUUCUAUAAAGGCGGCCUCACACUCUAUACGCUGGAAUCGCGUAUCGCAUUCGCUGGUUGGACCGACGCUACGAUCAAAGACUACAAAGGCCCAACACCGGAGAUCGUCGCAGGGCUGGCUGAGCACACGCGGAAGCAGCUGGGGAGUACGUAUACGAUUAGUGAGAGUGGUACGGCAGGGCCCACGGGAGGGACGACGAAGAAUAGGACGCCGGGGUAUGUGGCGUUGGCGGUUGCAAGUGAGAAGGGGACUGUGACGAGGGAAGUGGAGACGGGGUUAGGGACAGAUAGGGAGGCGAACAUGGUGCAGUUUGCGGUUGAGGGGUUGAAGUUGGUUAGGGAUGUUAUCAAGGAAGAGGGAAAGCUGUGAGUAUAUAGGAGUGGAAGGGAGAUGGAACUGCAGGUUAUCAACCCCUGCUUCCUGUUGACACCCUCCCUGAUUUCAGCAGGAGAUAUAAACAUAUUGAACCCACUCUGGUUGUAUUCCAUGUUAAGUAAUAGCAUGUGGUGAGAAGAGCGGCUGGGUGAGAUAUUAGUAUUGGUAGCUAACGAUAC